GCGACCCAGUGCGCAGAGGCGGCUGCUUCCCUUUCGGUCCCGCUGACCCCGCGCCGAGCCGGAGCGGCUCUGGCCGCCGCCUCACGCAGCGCCCCGAGGCGAGAGCGCAGGCCCCGAAGACCCGACGCGCUGACAGUAUGAGCCGCACCGCCUACACUGUGGGAGCUUUGCUUCUCCUCCUGGGGACCCUGCUGCCUGCUACUGAAGGGAAAAAGAAAGGGUCCCAAGGUGCCAUCCCCCCUCCAGACAAGGCCCAGCACAACGACUCGGAGCAGACUGAGUCACCACAGCAACCGGGCUCCAGGAACCGGGGGCGAGGCCAAGGGCGGGGCACGGCGAUGCCUGGCGAGGAGGUGCUGGAGUCCAGCCAAGAGGCCCUGCACGUGACUGAACGCAAAUACCUGAAGCGAGACUGGUGCAAGACUCAGCCCCUGAAGCAGACCAUCCACGAGGAGGGCUGCAACAGCCGCACCAUCAUCAACCGUUUCUGCUACGGCCAGUGCAACUCCUUCUAUAUCCCCAGGCACAUCCGGAAAGAGGAGGGCUCCUUCCAGUCCUGCUCCUUCUGCAAGCCCAAGAAAUUCACCACCAUGAUGGUCACACUCAACUGCCCUGAACUGCAGCCACCAACCAAAAAGAAGAGGGUCACGCGUGUGAAGCAGUGUCGCUGCAUAUCUAUCGAUUUGGAUUAAAGGAACACACUCACCCUGUCCUGGGGACACAGCCCAGGGCAGCCUAGAACCAGACACAAACACCCUGAUUUCUUGUCUGCUUAAACCUAGAGGCCAGAAGAACCAGCAGCUGCCUCCCGGCAGGUGUCUACUUGUGCAUAUUGUGUGUAUGUGUGUGUGCCCGCGUGCAUGCGUGGGUGCGUGUGGGUGUCUGUAGGCAUCAGAGGAAACGGUCUCUGGGAGAGGGGCUCUGUUAUACUUUGCUUCAACACAGGGGGGUAGAGAUGCCCACGGCAACCCUGUCCACAUGCACAGGGGCAAGGCUGUGAUCAGGUCUGUUCUUGUCUUUCCUGUGCCCUUCUGGGGAAAGGAUUUUCUUUCAGAAUGAAUGUCAGUGGCCCAGGCCACUUGGAGAGCAGGGGACCUGUGUUCCUGCUGCAUUCAUUUCAGAAACUUUAACCUGCACUGGCUUUCUCCCUCCCUUUCCCCUCCCACAGUCCAUCUUUAGGUUCUCAGUGGCCAUUUGUCUCAUCCCAGUUCUUCCACGGUUCUGAAUUAUUGCACUUGACCACAGUUGUAAAUGUUUCCCUUCUUGUGAUGCUGCCCUCUAGAUUGGGAUGGGACGUGGUGAUGCGAUGAAGGAUAGAUAAGCCAGACAGAUACCUGACAGAGAUAGUGUUUGGCCCACUCGAGGCCUAAUCAGGGUCAACAAAGUGCAGCAGAGAGCUAUACAGAGGCUUGAGAGGCCCACUGCAAAACAUGGGGGACCCAGGCUUCAGUGAGACAAUUUUCUUGCUUAAGAGAACCCAAGUGAACAGACAGCAAUAGAAUUGGCCCCCAAAUCACUAACUUUAGCUGUUCAUGUGAUCUCUGGAAACUGUCACCCAAAACUAAUUUUAAAACUAAAACAUUGACCAUGUCUAAUUUUAAAACCAAGUAAUGAAUAAACCCAAAGAGCUCCUUCUCUACACAGAACUAAGAAAGAACCUGAUAUCUUUUCUUUUUCUUGGUUAUAAUCACCUUUUCCUCAGUUCAUUAUUUCUGUGUAACACUUCUGAGAGGCAUAACCAUGUAAAUUUUUUGCCUCUGCCAAGUGUACCUGACCAUAAAGGACAGUCUGAUAGGACAGGGUUUAACUAGAAGUCUACUGGGGUCUUUUCAUUUUAGCUAUUGUGAGAUCAAUCCCUGGAAAGAGAGAAUCAGGAGGUAGUGGGGAUUUCAUCUCACUAUGUAGUAGCCUCUCUUAUAAUCUGGAUUAAGGUAUGGGGAUGUGAUCUCCCUUUUUCCCUUUGCUCUCUGAGGGUCUAAAGGGAAAUCUCACAGAGAAUGCAGAGCUCUGGCCAUGUUAGCUGUCCAUGUUCAUCGCAGGGCUCCCAAGUGACAUUGCAACUAUUCUGUGCGACUGGAGGUGCUGUCCUCUGAUUAAACUUGGCCUGCUUGCUAUCCCUACUUAGAAUUUAUCUAAUGGCCAUAGUGCAGGGUGGGUGAACCUUACUGCACCCUGGAUUUGGCUAAGCUGUUCUCUUCAAGCCUGAGGUUCUAUGUGUAAAUGCCUUGAAUACUUUUUUUUUUGUCUUUAUCUUCUCAGCUUCACUAGCCAAAUCGUAAGUCACUUGGUAUCUCAGACUUAGACUUCAACUGUCCAUCAAGGCUCCAGCUUUCAAAGAACCAUUGCAAUUAUGACUUUUUUGUUUUUGUUUUUGUUUUGGUCUAGUGCCCUCCCAUCUGACAACUAAACAUGAACCAUGCUUCAAGACAGAAGUUAUCUUGAAUACCCAAAAUGGGUCUCUUUUUAGAACAUCUAAAAUCACUACUGAUGAUUCUACACCAGAUGAAUUUGUGAAACAUAGUCUGUGCAUUUCGUAUACACUGUAUGACCCCACCCUGAAUCUCUGUAUCACUCACAUCCUUCCGCAGUAGAGCACAGGAUGGAUUUAAUUAAGCACGCAAAUGUGAAGGCAGAAUUUUAAGGGUGGGAGAGAGGAAGAGAAAGGAGAAGAAGCUGAAAAUGUGAAACUACACCAGAGAGGAAAAAUGACAUUCAGAACUGGCAAACACUGAGUUUAUCUUCUUUUAAUUCUGCCACAAGCGUGUAACUUUGUUAAAGAGAGAUGACGUACAUUGGCAGGAACGAUCUUCUUUUAGAAGCUCAUACUGUGGUCUUGCAUUAAGUCAGAUUUGACUAAAGUGUAGAGAAUUUCUUUAAAAUUAACUUCAGUGGAAUAAUCAGUAGCAUAAAAAUCCUAAAAGCACAGCACCAGCCUGAGGGAAAUAUCUGCUUUUCUUACUGUGCCUAUUUUAAGACUAGCACAAGUAUGGUGUGUCUUCCAACAUUUACUGAAAAUGCCGUAUCUGUUACUUACUUUAUUCGAGUCACUGAUAAUGUAAUAGUAUUUGUGAUUUUUCAUUAUUAUAAAAAUUUUAAUGGCAAGAUAGAUGUCAUCUUGUCCUUACCUAUGAAAAUGAUGCCAAACACCAAAUAUAAAUUCUAUGAUAUACACUUUGUGCUUGGCAUUAAAAGAGAAGAACACAACCCGUAGUCUCUAAGUUGUCUUUUAUUACUGUAGUGACUCAAAGUUAAAAGUUGUAAUGAAAAAUCUGAAGGAAAGGAUAAUUUCCACUGUGUGGAAUGUGAAUAGUUUAACAAAAAGUUAUGGUUAUUUAAUGUAAUUAUUAAUUCGAAUCUUUGGUCACUGUGAUUUCAAGCAUUUUUUUCUUCCUCUAUAUGACUUCUUCUGAAAUGGACCGAGAAGAUGCUGGCACAUUGUAUGUUGUUGGGGACUUCGGUCAGGUUGGAGGAAAUCACAAUCUUGACGCGUUGUAAGAUCUGUUAGUCAAGAACUGAGCAUUUAUUUCUUUUAAUUGAAUGUUCCUUAAAGGUUAACAUUUUAAAGUAAUAUUAAAGAAGACUUUAAGUGUUGUUUGAGGAGACUUAUGAUGUGUGCACAAAGAGCAGAUAAUGGUGGACAGUUAAAAAAUAAAGUCCUUUUAAGUAUGAAAAGUGCAUGGACAGAACUUUGCUAAAUGAUCAGUUGAUACUUAAGAGUGAAAGUAGCUCUAUUGAUUUGUCAUUCCUCAAGAUAUGUAAUAUCAUCUGCAUUAUAUAUUAUGUUUGCUUUAAUCAUUUAAAAAGAAUGAACAAUUAUAUACACUAUGAUCUAAGUACCCCGGGAAUGAGGGUAAAAGGGGAUUUAAUAGUUUCGUAAAAGCUAAUUUGACAUAAAGUUUUAUGAAUCUGUAACUACAAUUUAAUUUUCACCCCAAUAAUGUUUAUAUAACCUUUGCCAAAAAGCAACCAAUAAAUUAAGUGUCUUCUGUA